UACAGAGAGACUUCUUGACAGAGAUGUGACCUAGCUUUGAUAUCAAGAGAGAUCUGCCUAUAUUGUUGAUAGCUAAAGUUUAUUAUUUCAAAGGACUAUUCAGAUAAACUGUGGCAAUGGGGAAACUUUUGCUAUUUUUAUUGGUUUCUUUUCUUUUGCUGGAUGUGUCAUUUCAAUCCAAAGGGAAAAGGGCCAGGAAAUCCAGGAGGAACAUCACUCAAGAGGUAAUUCCCAGAACAUUUAAAGGAAAAAUCAUCCAAGUCUUUCUCCCUAAUGCCAGCCAACAGACACAGACACAACAAGCACCCCAUUCUCCUGGCCUCCCCACUGCCUCUGCUCCUAUGCCUCCAGCGCUGAGGUUGCUAGGCAACGACACAGCGGCGUACCUCGCCGGCCCCCUAAGCAGGUGGGCCAUCCCCAGUGUUUACAUGCUGGCCAUUGUCGUGGGGAUCCCGGCCAACGCCGCCAUCUUGUUCGCCGUGGCCACCGAAGUCAGGAAGGUGUCGUCGGCCAUCCUCUACUGCAGCCUGGCCGUCUCUGACCUCUUCCUCUUCCUCUCCCUCGUCUUCAAGGCCCACUACCAUCUCUACGGCAACCACUGGGUGUUCGGCGAGACUGCCUGCCGCAUCGUCACAGCCUGUUUCUAUGGCAACCUGUACUGCUCGGCCCACACUCUAGCCUGUAUUAGCGUCAACCGCUACCUGGCCGUGGUGCACCCGUUUCUCUACAAGAGCCUCCCCAAGAGGGCCUGUACCAUCUGGGCCAGCGUGGUUGUUUGGGGGGUGUUUGGGGCUGCUGUCAUACCUGAGCUCCUGGUCCGGCAGAGCUACCACCUCCCUCAGCUAGGCCUCAUCACCUGCCAUGAUGUACUUCCACUGGACUACAGCUCCCAUGCUCCUCUGCUCUACUACAAGCUGGGCCUGACCUUCCUGGGUCUUAUAGUCCCCCUGGUGGUCACGGCUGUGUGUUACGCAUGGAUAGUCAGAGAACUCAACUGCUCUCACCACGACUGGGCGCUGUAUGUCAAGGCUAGCUCACUGGUGUUUCUGAUUUUCGUGGCAUGUUUCGGCCCCGCCGGGACUCUCCACUUCCUGCAUUACGUGCGUUUGUUGGCGGGCGAAGAGGAUAGUUUCUACGGCUACUUCAACGUGGCAGUGUGUCUGUGCUGUCUGCAUGCCUGCCUGGACCCAUUCCUCUUCCUCCUCAUGUCCAAAUCAGCCGGAUCCAAACUCCACUUCAUGACCCUCAAGUGGAAGCCUCUGAGCAUCUCCACCUGAAUCUUAAUCUGGAUCAGAUUAACAAAAUAAUCCACAUUUAUUCCAUGAGCUUCAAGGGGAAGACCACGAGCAUCCCCACCUGAAUGUGAGGUAACCUAGAUUAGAAUUUGGACCGCAACAUCAGGCUUAAAUUUGGGUCAGAGACCUCAAUCUAGAUCUAAACUGUGAACAUGUGACUGACUAUCGGAGCAUCCUAUCUAUGACUGAGAAUUCCAACAUAUAUUACAGAGUGUAUUUCAAAUGUAAAUACAGUGCCUUCAGAAAGUAUUCACACCUCUUGACUUUUUCCACAUUUUGUUGUAUUACAAAGUGGGAUUAAAAUAGAUUUAAUUGUCCAUUUUUUGUCAAAGAUCUACGCAAAAUACUCUGUAAUGUCAAUAUGGAAGAAAAAAUCUAACAUUUGUAAAACAUUAAUGAAAAAUAAAACUAAUAUAUCUUGAUUAGAUAAGUAUUCAACCCCCUAAGUCAAUAAGUGUUAGAAUCACCUUGGCAGCGAUUACAGCUGUGAGUAUUUCUGGGUAAGUCUCUAAGAGCUUUCCACACCUGGAUUGUGCAACA